AGACCACCAGCAGGGACACACAAGACUUGGUCAACAUGUCUUCCGCGCAGGUCCCAAUGCCCGGCUUUAACGCCCCUGAUGCGUUUCGGCUAAUUCGGUUCAUGAAGUCGAACGCUUUAUCAAGCGGUGACAAGAUCAGAUGCUGGACAGAAAUCGAUCGUAUAUACGACAACCUGACCGAUAGUAACGGCACAACGAGAUCCCUCCCGGCCAUCGAACAGGUGGUCGGUCACCCCCUUCGAAAUCCGGUCCUCAGAGACAAUUCCCUCCUCGCGGGGGUUAACUUCCCAUUGGAAGUCCGACCGGUACAGGCAAACCCAAGCGAUGUCCCGACGGACUUUGACCGACGAGCUGAAAUUGCCCAGCUCUUUUAUGACGCCAUCAUUGACGAGCCGGAAAACAUGGUCGAGAAGAUUGUCCCUGACGACAAGGACGACGACAAGAAGGGGGAGAGCAAGAACGCCGACAAGAAGGGGGAGAGCAACAACGCCGAGAAUAAGGAGAAGAAGGUUCAUCCUCAAGUCGAGAAAGUCAGGCGCAUAUCUCCAUUGAGCAAGUUCGCUUUGAGUUGGGAUUUGGUGCACCAUGUCGAGAACGAACACUUGGGUAACCCAAUCACGGCCCCAUAUUCCCACGAGACCUACCCGAAGGGAGGUAGAGGUUAUAGGAGAUAUCGUGAUAGAGUCCAGGCCGUCCGCGAGCUCAUGUCUCGGUCAAAGGCAGCUGUCAUGAACUCGACAGAGGUUGGCUACCUCGCCCGCGCUAGCGCGCACCCUAAGCAAGAGAUCGCGACCAAGGUGACCAACAAGGGCACCAACGCAAGACGAAACCGACAAGUCAAAGCCGGUCAAAAGGUCCUUACCGAGAAGGAACAGAAGACCAAGACAUCCAAGCCAAAAGGCAAGGCCAAGGAGGCGGGCAAAGACCAAGCGAACCAAUCAACGCAGAUGACGAGCCCACCCGCCAGCAAUGCUUCGGUGGAUAACCAAUCCUCAGAGAGGCCUACAAAACGGCGGAGAAAGGAGAAAGGCCCCCUGGAGAGGGUGGCCGAGGAACACGAACGCCAGGCGGCUGAAUAUGAACGCCAGGCGGCUGCGGCUGGCAGAGCGCCUGCAGUGUCCGAGCCUGAGCUCGCCGGACAAGUCAAUGCCUCUGAGAGCGACAAUGGCAACGUUGUCUCGCCCAACACCAGUAUUGGUUCGUCCAAUACUCCAGUGAACGUCGACAGAAGCUCUUCCGGACCGAACCACCAGGGCACCGGAGUGGCCACUUGGCAAAUGUCUGCCGCCGACACCUAUCCUCUCUCGAAUCCCGAGCGCGCCAAUCUCCCGGUUGGUUCAACUCCGUCUACGUCCUUAGCUACUCUAGACAACGGGGCUUGGACACCUACGCCCCAUCACCAGCCGUUUGCGGCAUAUGCAUCGACACCAGCGGCUGCGCCUGUCGACAACACACUCAACAACGCCCUUACAUUGACUUCAGCUGCUCCUCCUAUUAACAAUGCCUUCAACACCGCCCACGCUCUCAUUGGAGAUUGGGGAUUUGGAAUUGAUAGUCCGGAGCAAAGUCAUCUUGAUCCACAUGCCUUGUCCGCAGCUACUGCCAUCUACUCCGGUCUGCAGACUGAAUUUCCCUUCGAUGAUUAUGAGCCUCAGACCCAGACCGCACCAGCUACUCAACCUAGGGCAACAUGGGCUCACGAUGGCGGUACCCAGACUUUCGGCGCACCAUACUCCAGCUCUAGUUCUCCAACCGCCCUUCCGCAGAACUCCGAGACGGCCGGUACUCCUACCGCGCCCGCCGGCCAGGCCACUAACUCCCGGGAUGCCGGUCCGGGUAACAGGCAGGUUACCUGGGAGGGCUAUGAAUAUCAAUGGCUCAAUGACAUAGAAGACUAGAGGCAGCUAGUCACAACCACCUCGGCUGCGGGCGCGGAUCAAGACCACCCUCUCGGAAGAGGAGGCCCGAUGCAGCCGUCACCGGUUGGAUGAAGUGGUCAAGGUGGCCGCUUCAUCCGCCGCAGUGGGAAAACUUCCAAAG